AUGUCGGGGUUUGGAAUCAGGGUAGCUGAGCAAAGCUCUAGGGAAGGUCCUUCCCAUGGCCCAUGGACUGAUCUUGAAAUCAGGGUCUUCCUGCAGGAGUGGGAAGUAGUUGAGCAGGAAGUUGGCCACCCAGGCGGGAAGAUCCACAAGAAGACCAGACUGAUUUGCCAGCGCCUUGGUCAACGGGGCCUGAAGAAGAGUGGUAAAAGCUGUUUGGAUCUGCUGCUCACCAUGCAGAAUUUGCACAAGACUCUCUGUAACGAGAGACCAGGGAUUGAACCCUUGUUCUCUCCUUAUGCAGAGGCCCUGUACAGGAUCCUGGGCCCCAGGGACCCGAGAAGCCAAAUGCCAGAUCCUCCCUAUGAUGGGGCUGGUAACCCCCAGCUUCCCACGUACCCUCAACCUCCCACGGAGUUGCCAUCUUCUGUGUGCCAGCCUUGUGGUUACAGCAUCCCUGUGCCUUCUGGAGAGUUUCAAGGGAAGGCAACACCAACGGUGUCCACAGAGGAUUCACUGGUUCCCAGAUGGGAGCCCUGGAGCCCCAGCUAUCCUUUGAUGGUUCCACCCCUACUUCCUGCCUCUGUCCCUGAAGACACCAGCCCACAGCACUCGUGGUCAUCUUCUGAUGCCAACCCAGGUCCUUCAUGA